AUGUGCGACUGCUGCUCUUUCGGGCCCCGCCCCGAGACCGACGCGGACCAGUUCGUGAUGGAUAAGCCGAUUCCGUCAUCGCCGAAGAAGCCGCAGGCAGCGCUGCCAGCGAACGAGAUGCAGGAGGUCUGCGCGCCUGAGGACUUGAAGGAAAAAGUGACUUUUGUGCCUCAAAUGGAUUUAUUUUUCGACCCCAAGGAGCAGCAAAUGGUUUUGCUGCUGGACUUGCCGGGAGCAGCAAAAGAGGAUUUGGCCCUGGAGGUGGGCCAGGGCUAUUUGUGCGUGAGCGGCCCGCGGCCGCGGGGGCAUUUGAAGGAGCGCUUUGGGGAGUUGCUGCAGUUGCUGGCCCACGAGCGGCCCACGGGUUUCUUUUGCAGGCGGUUUCAGCUGCCUUGCAACGCCCUCGAGGACACUGUCAAUGCCCAGCUCAACGCCGGUGUACUGGAGAUCAAGUUCAAAUGCGUGCAGCACCAGGAGAAGCGCCGGGUGGACAUCGGGGCUGUUCCGGCGGACAAAACGGAGAAAACGGAGAAAAAAGCGGGAAAAUAA